AUGGAAAAUACAUCUCUCGAUUCUGAAAAGGAAUUCGUAAAUUUAAUUGGACCUGAGCAGUUUUGCAAUGAAAAUGCAAAAGAAUGGUUUAAUUGGGCGAGAACUAUUAAUUUUACACCAGAGGAUAUUUUCUGUCCAAAAAACCUUGAUGAAUUGAAAGCAUAUGUAAAAAAUGCAAGAAAUAAUAACAAAAAGAUUCGCUGUGCUACUCAAGGGCAUAGCUGGAGUACGCUCUCUGUGACACAAAGCUGUUUGGUGAUUUUAUGUGAUAAUUUGUCAAACGUCGAAGCGGAAAAGAAGAAAAAUGAAAAUGGAGAUGAUUACUGGGUGGCUCAUAUAGAGGCUGGUGCAACAAUCGCGAAAGUUGACGAGUACCUUAGGAAACAUGAACCACCAUUAGCAAUCGAGUCUAUGACUGUUCUUGAUACUAUUAGAUUCGGGGGAACUAUCGCAACUGGGUGCCAUGGUGCUAUAACUGAUUCAAGAACACUUGCUGAACAAGUUGUUGGUUUGGAAAUAGUGACUAGCUCGGGUGAAGUACAAAAAUUUGAAUAUGACCCUAACAACCCAGACGAGAUGGAAGCUGCACGUGUCAAUUUGGGACUCUUUGGUGUUAUUUACAAAAUAUCCUUUCUUGUUAAGCCAAUGUACAAACUUCGAAUGAAGGAUACUUACCCCGAAUUAAAAUCUUUUACUGGUGAAAAUAUUAAAGAUUUUGUGAAGAAUCCUAUAGUUGACGGAGUUGAGAUAUUCUAUUGGCCAUUUAAUGAAUCACGCCAUUCAACCGACUCUUCGAAAGACAAACUUUGGAUAAAAGUAUGGGAAAACAUAAUUAACGAUCAACAACCCAGUCUAAAUCAAGAUCAGGUAAAGGCGUUUCGCAGAAAACAGGAAGGUUUUAGUCGCCUUGCCAACGGUUUUUACAAACAUCUUAUAGAUGAUCCAACCAAGACUCCAAAGAUCACACACGGUGCCGGACUGCUUAGGAAAGAAUUUAUAGACGAUAAGAUAAAUAAUCUGGUAUGGGAGGUACCAGAUGCGACCCAUUACCAGGCAGGAAUUGAUAAUAUCCUUUGUCGGGAUUUGGAAUUCGCUAUUAAAGCUGACAAAGACUUCGAAAACAUCAUCACAGAACUGAAUUAUAUUGUCGAUAGAAUUUAUGAGGAAAAACAGAAAAAAAAAUAUCCCAUUAAUUUAGUUGUUGAACUACGGAUUCUUAAAAGCUCGACAGCUCUCCUGUCAACUGCAUACGACGAAGAUCCCGAUGCCUAUUAUUUCUUUAUCGAAGUUCUUUCUUUCAGAUAUUUCAACAAACAUAAUAACACCUGCAUAGAUACAGAAUACUUUGAGGAGUUUUCCAAUGAACUUGCCCAACGAUGGAUGGAAAAAUAUAAUGCGAGACCUCAUUGGGCCAAAUCUUGGGAAGAUGUUCCGAACAUUAAAGGUUAUCUGCACAAUUUGCUGAAAGAACGUAUCCAAAGAUUCGAGGCUGUCCGCGCAAAAUAUGAUCCAACGAAUAUGUUUUUUGAUAACGAUUCUCUCCGCGAGGUGUUUUAUGGACCAGGAAACUUGAAAUAA